AAAGCGCUUUUUCUCCAUUCUGUGGAAGAAAGAUGCUUUUCGUUAAAAUCACUUAUAUGUAAUAAAAUAGUUUAUAAAGUUAUCAUAAAUGAUGUCCGGUGGUCUUAUAGAUAAGGUUUACAUUGGUCUGGAUAAUGCGCCGGCCGCAUUUGAUAUCAAAGGACGCAUUUUAGGACCUAAUGGCACUAACUUAGAAUAUAUUCGGUCCGAAACGGGUGUCGUAGCUGUGUUAAAAGGCGAUAAAAUUGAGCCAUUGCAUUUGGCUCUGCAUCAUACGCGAUCGGAAGCCUUGGCAGGUGCCAGGUCGCUUGCACAGAACUUAAUAGAGACUAUAAGGGCUGAAUUGGCCCAAUGGAGUGCGGCCCAGGCCGGGGGGCCGCCGCCAGCGCUGAAUGUACCUCCGCCGACACUAACAACGACUAGCGCGCCUCCUCCCGUGCCUCCGCCAGUCGUGACGGCGGCACUCUCGACGCCUCCUACACUAACGUCCACGGCGCACCCGUCCGUCAUCCCACCCGUAGUGAGUGUAGCACCCGCGACAGCUCCUCUUAUGACAGUGCGACAACCCACAAUGUUGCAACUACUACAACCACAGCAGCAGUAUGUGCUGAACCAGGAGAAUGGGCAGCUAAUCCCUAUAGUACAACCUGGCAUGCAAGUUUCCAAUGCCAACUUCACAUCUCUGCCUCUUGGCCAAACAUUGAGUUUGCAACAACCAAACUUUGGUACACAAAUUGUAGAUAUAUCUAGCAUGCAGCCGGUGAACGUGACACAGUUACGGUUAAGUGGGGUACCCUCUUCUAUGUCAAUGAUCUUGCCGAAUGGGUUGACAUUUCCUCAAGCAAGUCUGUCAACAUCUGACAGUACUACUGUGAGUACGGCUACGUCUACACCGGUUGUUUGUGCAGCUCAGAGUACAAACUCAUGUCAGAAGAUUCUGUACAGCACUGACAAAGGGGACAAAGAUAUUAAAUAUCACAUACAAGGGGCCGAUACUGUGCAGUGGACUGUCCCUGGUUCUCAGACAAUGUUGAUUCCAUAUCAACAGUUGCAGGACUUGGCAUCUGGGCAACAAGGACUGACUAACUUUCAACCACAGCAGUUUGUGUCUAUAGCCCCGGCCGGCAGUCUACAACAAACUCCUCUACCAUUAACAGCAGGACAACUGCAGCAGCUACAAGCCACUGGCACAUUUAUGCAGCUCAAUCAAAAGCCGAUAGCCAGCAGUGGUUCUUUGAUAAACAUUAUAUCGACCGGCCAAGCGUCGUCACCACAGAUAAUUUCAAACACAUCUACUCCUUCAAAGAGUGUUGGACAAGAGUCCCGAGGACAAAAGAGGUUGUCCGAUGGGACUCCAAGCCAGUUGCAGCUAAGACCCAUCGCUCCAGCUGUGUCGCAUGUGAAUGACAAGAGCUCCACGAGAGAUUCGCGCACCUGGACCGCGGCACCAGCUAAAGACAACACCAUCGUGAGUAUGGGAAUGAAAAUCAAUCCAGCGCACGGGACCAUCAUACAAGUGUCUUCUGGGCAACAGACGAAUGUCUCAUCGCCUGGAUUAGGCCAAGAUGGUACAGGAAUGUACAUACGCCAGAUCGAUAGAAACGCGAUCCAAAUUCAAACGAGCAAAGACGGACAAAAGCAAGACUUGAGCAAGAUUCAGAAUUCUACUCAAAACGUCCAAAUGAUCACCGUACCACAAGGCAUGACUGUGUUACAGAAUCCUUUGAAUAUUAGCCAAGUUCCUACAAUGCUUGGCCAGCCGAACAGCCAAGUGUACAUGAUACCAGCUAACCACCCCAACCUGAUGCAAAGUGCGCUCCCUCCAGGUUUCCAACAAGUCCUGCAACCAGGACAGAAUGUUACUGUAAUGCAACCGAAUCAGCUAGGAAUGCCAGGUGGGGUACAAUAUAAUGUGCCUUUAAUGCCCAUGAAUAUGCCAGCUACCUCACAGUAUAUGCCCGCCGGUAUUAACUUAAACACGCAGCUAUCAGCCCAACAAUUAAACGCAGCUUUAGCAGGACAUCAGUUAAACCCUAACUUAGGAACGAUCCCUAUAGUGCAAGCCCCACCGUCCUCGCCGAUGACUAACCCAGGUCAAGGGAUCCCUGGAACACAACCGCCUGUUCACCAAAUAGUUCCGAACUCUUUUCUAACGCCGACAUCACAAUACGCGGGAAUGCCACAACAGUACAUGAUGCAAGGGAACUCCAACACCAUUACUGUGCCCACUAAUCCUACGGUGCAAUACAGUAUACCGACUGCGCAGAACACCACAAACAAUGGUAACGGACAAUCUACAACUUCAGAAACUGACACGAACGGAGCCAAUAACCAGACAAACUAUAUUACAUCAUCAUCACAAGAUAAUGGGUAUUCGUUAACGGGUACAGUUCAAAAUCAGCAGACGUUCACGUCAGAUGGACAGUCGACGCAGACGAGUGGCUUCACGCCAGCCAAUCAGAACGGCACGCCGACAUACGGCUCAUCCAAUGGCAGCCAAACCGCAGCUUACGUCAGUCAGACGACCACGACACAACCUCCACCCACGUACAACCCGACCAAUGGGACCAGUCAGAAUUCUAACCAGACUUAUGUACCUCCAAGUACGCCAACAUCACAAAACUCGCAGACGACUUUCUCUCCGUCGACGACGCCUGCACCGCAAUCGUAUCCUCCGGCAAAUCUGCCGAAUAUGCCGAACGUAGCGUUCGCGCCAAACCAGACGCCACAGAACCCUUACCCAAACGCCACUGGGCAGAACUUGGCAGCUUACGCGAGUAACCAGUACCAGUACACGAGCCGGCCGUGGUUCCGGCCGCGGUACGGGUCGCCGCAGGGCUCGCCGUACAGCGCGGGCACGGGGCCGCCGCCCAACGGGCCGCCCAUGCCCGUCCCUCCCCCCUCGGGCAGCUAUAACUACUGGCCGGAUAGCUGAGACCUAGAAAGUAUUAUUGGGACUGAAUUUGACCAGUGAUAACUAUAGAAUAUAGAGUAAUUUGUAAUAAGAGAGACUGCUUUAUAAAUAUACAUUUAUGAAAUGUAAAGAAAUAUUUUAGAAUUUAGAUGAAAUAAUAAGUAUUUCCUA